ACCUUUGAACUUUGAACCCAGCAAUAUUUGCUCAAAAAGUUCAAAGUCAAUGAUUUCAACAUUUCUCCGCAAUUUUGGUAGAAUUCAAGCCAAGAUAACGCAACCACUAGUGUCAGAUGGAUUUAUAUUUAGUAGAAGAACCGUAAGAACUUCAUUUGUUCGAUCAAAAUCUUCACGAACUGUAGAUCUGAUCAUGCCCACCAAACGACGCUUCAUCAUUGACACGGAUUGCGGGCUCGAUGAUGCCCAGGCUAUCCUCAUGGCACUGUCCCAAGGUGUGGAUGUUGUUGGCAUCACAACAUGCAGUGGUAACACUGGUGUGGACCAAGUCUGUAAGAAUGUGCUGAGAGUGCUGAAGCUUGCUAACAGACUUGAGAUCCCUGUCUUUAAGGGCACCAGUGCCUCCCUCCUGCGAGACACACCUGCCUGUGAUGCCUACCAUGGCAAAGAUGGCCUAGGAGAUGUACCUGAUUCAGAAGCACCUGAUUCCAGACUUGUGAAAGAGGAGCAUGCAGUGAAUGCCUUGGUACGGAUGAUCAAUCAAAAUGCAGGUGAGGUGACCCUGGUGUGUCUUGGACCCCUGACCAACAUUGCCCUGGCGAUACAGAUGGAUCCAUCUAUUGGCAGCAAGGUCAAGGAAUGUCACAUCAUGGGUGGAAACUACGAAGCCAAGGGAAACAUCACAGUCUCCGGAGAAUUCAACUUUCGGGCCGACCCAGAGGCAGCAAAUAUUGUCUUGAAUCAACUUGGUUGUCCUGUCACUCUGGUCUGCUGGGAGCUGUGCCUUAAAUAUAGUUUAUCGUGGGAGGAAUACAACGAGCUGAGAUUACCCCGAACAAAAAAAGCCAAAUUCCUCUACGCAGUGGAAAAAGGCCUUGUGAAAUUCUCUCUGGAUAAAGAUUGGCCGUAUCUACCCUCUGACGAACUUUGUAUGGCAACAGCACUUGAAUCGAACAUCAUAACCAAACGAGAACUUGUCUAUUGUACCGUGGAAUUAUCCGGAGAAUAUUCGAGAGGACAGAUGGUUGUGAACUGGAACGGAAGGUUGAACAAUCGUCCUAAUGUUGACUUGGUGCUAGAACUCGACAGGAAAAAAUACUUUGAUUUAAUGAAGCAAACUGUUCAGUGAACUGUGGGCCCUAUAAUUGUGUUCUUGUUGAUCAACAAAAUUAUACAAGGGUCAAGAGAACUUUAAUGCUUUGCACUGCUGUUAUAAUCAUUUAGGUUGAAGACCCAGAAGGGUUUACUGUAAACCUCUUCAUCUCCAUGGCCCUGAAUGUCUGCUGAACAACAAGCUUGUGAAGUUCUACAUUGUAUAUGACUGGGUCAGUUGAAACAUAGGUUCUUUAAAGCAACUGUACCUGUGAUAAUGAAGUCGAACAGGUACACAAAGGUCCUGAACUAAAGCAUUCCAUGACUAUUUGUAAAAUCACAGACAAACACAAACAAUUGUUAACAGAAUAUCAAUGGCUUUAUUCAAAGUAUAUCUGGCAGCAAUCCUAACAUCACUUUGUAUUGUUGAACCUCUCUGAGGGGCACUUUGGGACUGACAAAUGCCUCAAUUUAGAGGUUAAAUUGAAAUAAAAGCACCAGACCUACUUUUGACUUCACAGUACAUGUAUCUACAGACAAUGAAAUGUUAAUUUUAUGAUUUGUCUCUAAACUGCCAUCUUGAAAUGUAUACCAACAGCUCCUUCCUGUGUUGAUGAUAUCUACAUGGGUUUAUUGUUACUUGAUGUGAUUUGUAUUCAAUAAACUAUCUUAAUGAA